AUGGCUGCAGAGAGGCCGAAAUGGACAAGAAAGGAGCUGAAACGACAACAAGCCGAGCUCCAGCGGAAGGUGGCGCACACUCUGGAGGGAGGCUCUACAGGCUCUGCAAUUUCUUUGCUUCGCGAAGCGCUGCGGUCUGGCUGGCCGCUUCCAGCUUUGGAGCAGGCGUUGCAACGUCUGCUGCGAGGAGUUGUGUCUGCGAGGUUAGACCAGGUCUUGCAACUGUGCUUUGAGAUCCUGUCCUGCAGUGAGGAGUCCUUCAGCGAGGCUACUCUAUCGAUGCUUGUUGCGGAACUCGUGGAUGUAGGGAACUGGGAUGCCGCCGAAGCGAUUCUGCAGCAUGCCGUUUCCAUCAACCACGUGAAGAUGCGGACGCUGCAGCCGCUUUUGACAGCGUUGGCCGCAGCAGGUGACUCGAGUCGGCUUCAGAGAUUUUUCGAAGACUUGCUGCAUCCGGUGGUCUGUCGCCGGCAAGCGCGGCUCAACGGCACCGCAGUGGCGACGUUGCUCCGCGGCUUUGCUGACAAGCCGGCGCUGCAGGAGGAGGUGCUCACCUUGCUGUCAAAGACCGAACUCGAGAUGUCUAGCACGUGCUUGGACAAGAUCUCCGAGGCGCUGUCCUGUGAAGAGCUUCCGGGACUUCGUGGUGAAGUUGUGAUGCGCCCUCUUGGCCAGCUGCGGAGGCUUUCUCCGGAGGCAAGUCAUGUUGAUAUGGCCCGCAGGGGGGCUGCAGCGCUGCUGAAGCCGGAGACCUGCCGUCGACUGAGCGAAAGGCUGGAGGAUGGAGACGGCGUAGGCCCGACGUGCUUUGUGGAUGGGCCGAAUGCAGGAUACCGCGGCGCCGUGCAGCGACGUCAGGCUGCCGAAGGCAGUCGAGGAGGUGCCGGAGGCAAAAACUUCUCCCGGGAGGGAGACGUUGAGAUUAGCAACUUGCAUGCGGCAUACUUUCGGCACGACCAGAUCGAAGCCACCAUGCUGCAUUUGCGCCAGCUGGGCGAGGUUCCUUUGCUGGUAAUGCCGGAACGGUAUAUCUUUGCUGGUGAUGCGCGGGCACAGAAGGGGCCAAAGAAGCCUCUAAACUCAUUGGUGCAGAGCUGGCUGUCUGGCAACUCACUCUUCGUAGUGUCUGAUGACGAGCCUGAUGAUGCCGUUUGGAUGUUUGCAUCUCUGUAUGGGAAGACCGGGGAUAGGGGGCGAUAUAUCGUAACCAGGGAUAAGGCUGCAAACCACCGCGCAAGCAUCUGGGGCAUCGAUUUCGGUGACUCUCUUCAAGAUCUGGAGCUCGAGCGCUCGUUUCGUCGGUGGAGCGCCCUCUACUUGCGCUGGCACGCUUUGUCUUGGGACGGCUGCAACCAUUCUGGGGCUGUGACCGUUCGCAUCGACGGGAUGCCCCCGCUGUCCACGGAAAUCCAGCAGCAUGAGGGGAUCUGGUACAUCCCCGAAGCCACUGGCGCACGCUGGUUGCAGAUCUCUGAUGCAAAAAGAGGGCUCGAUCCAAAACCACCGAACCCUCCCGCCAAGCUCGGGACUGUCGAGCUUCUUCCCGGCACAUGCCCCCUCAUCCCGCCUCCACCCUCCCUCGCGGCUUUCUGGCGCGCUUAG